GAAAGACAUCUGCGACUCGUCAAAAAAAAAAAAGACCAACAAACCCCUGCCAAUGAUGAGGUCCGCCAGAAGCACCCAUUUUGACAUCGACUCUGGAUUGUAGCGGCUGGCACCAUGCUCGAAUACCGCACGCAGGGCUACAAUGGCUACAGCGUCAAGUACUCUCCCUUCUUCGACUCGCGCCUCGCAGUGGCCGCAUCUGCCAACUUUGGUCUUGUGGGCAACGGUCGCGUCUACAUUCUUGGACUGACGCCGAACGGCAUCGUGGCCGAGAAGUGGUUCGACACGCAAGACUCGCUCUUUGACACGACUUGGUCCGAGGCGCAUGAGAAUCAGCUGCUGGCGGCCAGCGGCGACGGGUCAGUCAAGCUGUUCGACAUCACGCUCUCGCAGUUCCCCAUCCAGUCGUGGGAGGAGCACGCACGCGAAGUGUUUGCUGUGCACUGGAACCUGGUGGCCAAGGACUCGUUCCUGUCCAGCAGCUGGGACGGCACCGUCAAGAUCUGGAAUCCCAAUGCUAGCCAGAGCCUCAUCACGUUGCCAACGCACUCGUGCACCUACUCGGCCGCCUUCAGUCCGCACAGCCCGAGCAUCCUCAGCAGCGUGAGCUCUGACUCCCACCUUCGCAUCUUCGACCUCCGGACUCCCGCCUCGGCCUGUAACCACCUCACCCUCAACAUCCCCAUCCACACUCCACCGAAGCCGCGCAUGGGAGCCGCCGCCCCCGUGGGUGUGCCACCGUCCGAGGCCCUCACCCACGACUGGAACAAGUAUCGGGACACGAUCGUUGCGACUGCCGGUGUCGACCGCCUGAUCCGCACCUUUGACAUCCGCGCCCCCGCCGCCGGACCCGUCGCUGUCCUGCCCGGCCAUGAGUACGCCGUGCGGCGGGUGACCUGGUCGCCGCACCUCUCCGACGUCCUGCUUAGUGCCAGCUACGACAUGACGUGCCGCGUGUGGACUGACGGGAGUGCCAUGGGCGCAGGCACAAUCAAGCAAGAGAACAUGCUACAGCAGGAUCCCAUGGUGCUUGGCGGCGGGAGGGAAAUGGGAAAGAUGGUGCGGCACACCGAGUUCGCGACUGGUGUUGACUGGUGUCUCUUUGGUGCCGAGGGGUGGUGUGCCAGCACGGGCUGGGACGAGAGGGUCAUGGUGUGGGACUGCAGGGCUAUCAUGCAUUGACGCGGGGAGAUGAUUUUGGGCAAACCUUUCUCGCAUGUAACGGAGUCUGAGGUAUCACGAAUUGAUGAAAAGUAGUUGGUUUCCAUCUACAUUAUGCUGCAUGGGAAAGAAGAAAGUGCUGAUUAGACUGCCAUCGUAAACAGGAAAUACCACCUCUUGUCAUCUAACAAGGAGCAUUAUAAGGGUUAUUUAGAGCAA